AUGAGCGUACUGUCCCUUUUUCACAUUGGCUCCCCGUUUUUACGGACCAACUGUGUGGAGGAGAAACAAAUUUACGAAAGUAAUCCUUGCAAAGGGGAUAAAAUAAACAACAGGCGGGACUCUGUCCUCCCAAUAUUUCAUUUGUUCCGUGUGCCUAGAUAUAUGUCACACCCCAGUGGUGACUGCGUUUGCUACAAAUGUUUGUACUACUCCCUCCUACACAAGAGAAAAUGCCCCAUUUGCAAGCAGUCCAUUCGGAAUAAUGAGUUGAAGAGAAUAUCGGGAAAAAGAAAAAGAGAGUAUGAACAGUUAAGAAUAAGGUGUAACUUAUGUAACGAUGAGCUGAAAAUAAAAAAUUACGAGAAACAUUUAAAAUUCUGUAAGUACAAAAGGUGCAAAAAUUACAUGUUAGGAUGUGAUUAUUACGACAAAAGGAACAAAUUAAAAAGGCAUGAAGAAGCAUGUGAGCAUAGAUUAAUACGAUGCUCAAGUUGCCACAAUUUAUUUUAUUAUAAAAAUCGCAUUUUCGUAUUAACGCUAAAGGAAAAAUAUCAACUUAACGUCAGGUGUACCUACACGUAUUAUUCUUUCUACUACAACUUACUAAUGAAUACAAAUUUUAAUUUUUUCAAUUACAACAAAUAUAUGAGGAAUAAGUAUUUUUCUUCUGAUAGUUAUUUGUCAAGGAAGUUGUCUCUGUUGGCAACCUUUCAGCGUACCCUCGAUCGUUUUGUGUGUAAAUCAGCUCUUGGGGGGAGCGUUCCAACGGUAGAUCGAAGCAACGGGGUGCCCAUUCAAAGUGAAAAUAAUCUUCUCAACAACACAAUUAGUAAUAGUCCAAGUAUUUCUUACAGAGGAAGGAUCACUGCUCCUUCCCAAUUGGAAGUCGAAAGAAGUGAAGCUAAUUGGCAGAGCUUGCUAAAUUUCUCACCUCUAUCGAGCAGCGUAGCAGAUGACGAACCCGCGUCCUCACUCAGAACGAAUCGUUUGGCUGAUGUCCACACGGGUGAAAGCGAGGAGGAGGAAUCUAAUCAGAGUGACGAAUCGGGGGAGGAGGACAAAUUGCAACAAAUGAGUUGCAAGAGCGAAGGCAGCCAAUCCAGCAGCACGGACUACUCAAACGGCAGCCACCGUGCUAAGCGAAAUGACCCACCCAAUGGGGAUAAUAGUUCUAUCGAGGAAGAAUAUUUGAAUAUACUUCCCCUGAGGAAAAAUUUCUCUUUCAAAGAUAAAAGUAGCAAAGACAUCAUAGUCAUAAUAAAGGAACUGUUCCAAUUUGAUAACAUAGACAUGAGCAAUCUUUGUGUUCACGAUAAUGAGGAGUUUUUAUUAUGCGAUAAAAAUUGUUUUAAGAGCACAAUUAAAAAUCUGAAAAACCAAUUGGACCAGUCCCUUGUGCUUUUAUAUUUUUGUUGUUGCGUGGGUAUGCCUGCCAUGUUCACACUUGGCUGCAUGAGCUACAUCACCACCAAGGGGCUAUUUAAAUUCUCCUUCCUACUGGCCAGCACGUUCAUCAGCUUAUCGCAGCGCCUUUUUUUUAAGUUUUUUGACGGUUAA